CUUAGGAGUCAGAAAGAGUACUUUGGUCUUCAAAUCGUGGCCCACACAAGUUCUUGACCUCCCCCGUGAGCAGCUUUAUCAUCAGAUCAGAUCAGGUUCAAGGAGCGCGUGCCCCGGUUCCAUUGACUUAGCUCAAAGUCACAGCUCAACACAACUGUAACUUCAGUCUUUACUUAAAUCACUUUGUCUCGGAGGUUUGUUUCCACCAGAUCUCCUCCAACGACAUCCUUAGGUACGGACGUGAAUGAAUUAGGUAUUAAAUUUUCAACAAGUCUCUGAAUCCUUGACUCUGCUUCAAAUUCUACUAGCAGUACUAGCCAGUGCACAACUUGGCCCCUGAAGCAGGUUACUGUAAACCAACAUUAACCGCCAAUGUCUAGCACAGACAACACGAAGUGGUACAGACUCUCACAUGCUACGCGUCAGGCAGUCGUGCAGCGUUACACCAUCUCAGGAUAUCCUGUCAAUGAGGCAGACCCGAAUUCGGUCCUCCAUUGGAGAAUCUUCGCGAAGUGCGUACUUCCAGAUGACAAUUCUCGGAUUGUCACGCUGGACAUGAUGCCCGGCCAGGACAGUAGAACUGGUGUCCUGGCUGUCACCGAAGCCCCCGACGAGUCAUCCCAAGCAGGUGUUGCAGAUGUUACUGAACGUGCUGCUACUGAGAUUACAGUUGAAUCUCUUUUGGAUUUACUGGAAUCUAAAGGCCGCAACCGCUUCAUAUACGACGACACUGGCUCUGGGUGUCGGUUCUGGUGCCAUACGGUCCUCGGUGACCUAGAGAGGAUAAAAUUGGUUUCCGAUGGUGCCAUCUCCAGGUUUGAUACAUACGUCGCAGAACAGAGCCAAGAAAAUACCGCGCGGUUCCCACUACCGACACGGGAAGGCACGUUCUACUAGUGCGAGGUUGAAUCCAUUUUCGCCUCUCUGAUGCAGACUCACCCGACUCAUUUGUUGAAAGAAUACAUCUACAAUUCCAAUGUA